AUGACUCAAGCAUGGCGUUGUAGGAAUCCGGUGGACAUUCAAGACCUCAACAAGAACCUCUUUCUGUUUAAGUUUGCUACGAAGAAGGAGGCGGAGCUGGUGUGGAAAACUGGGCCGUGGAGUUUUGACAGGAAUUUGCUCAUCCUGAAUCGUAUUUCCGGUAAUGAACAACCCUCAGAACUUGAAAUGGAUCGUGUUUCCUUUUGGGUAAGGGUCUAUGACCUUCCAUUGAAGCUACGAUCUGAAGGAAUGGCCAAAAAGCUAGGCAACAUCUUGGGAACUUUUGAAGAGAUGGACAUGAAGGACUGCAAUAGGAUGGGAAAAUUUCUAAGAAUCCGGGUAUCCAUGGAUUUGCGAAAACCACUCAAGCGGGGAUCAAAACUCAGCUUCCAAGGAAAAGAUAUAUGGGUGGAUUACAAGUAUGAACGACUACCCAAUUUCUGUUUUGCCUGCGGAAGAAUAGGUCACCAGAUGCGUGAUUGUGAAGAAGUAGAUGACCACGACACAGAUGCCUAUAGUGAACUGGAGAAAAAAGACCAAGCUUUUGGGCCGUGGCUGCGGGCCUCACCUCUUCCGAAAGUUUUCUAUGAAGUAAAGAAGGAGACUAGCUCUGGCACAUGCAGCAAGAGCCUUUUCACAUCAACUAGUAAUAGCAAAGGUCAAAGCUCAGGUACUGCAAAGGCUAAUGAGGAGGAAGUGGAUCAACAAAAUGCUACAAGUGGGACUGAAAUCCCACUGAAAACCAAUGAAAAGAAUCAUAAUGAAGCUAUGGAAGGGGUGGUGGAGAAAGUAGGGAGUGUGCAUAAAGAUGUCAAAGGCGUUGCAGAAUCUCUAGGGGCGGUGACUAUUUCUAUUGUGCACAUUUCAGUGGAGGACAAACAAUCAUCCAAAGCUAAAAAGAAAUGGGUGCGACAUAAGGUAAGCAAGCCUAGGAAUAAACAACCAGCCAAGUUAGCGGAAAAGAAGGGUGGAAAGAGAUCUCUGGUGGAGGCAAGGGCGACAGAAGACACUCUAGCAGAUAUGUUAAGGAGGGAAAAAAAGAAGAAAGGAGAUGUGGAGGUGGAAGACUACACUGUAUCAUCUAGAUUGGUGGUGUUGGAGGACCAACACCGCCAGGAACCAUGA